UAGUCAUUACAAAGGUUAUAAUAUUCUACCUUCGCUAUAUUUUGUUUAUCUCCGCUUGGUCGCAUUUGUAUCAGCUGUUAGCUAUUCACCUCAGCGGCACUCGCAGCUAGGAUCGUACAACUGCUGCGGAGAUCAGCAAUAGGCCUUCAGGCGUCGCCGCAUAGUUUACUCUGGGACUUCACCGUUCAGAGAUCCGAAUUAGUUGGUUUGGAAAAAUCAUAAAGCUGAAGGAUGGCGAUGCUUCAGGGAAAUUCAAAAACAUUUGAUAACAAAUGGCCAAAGAUGCAACCAAUUGUUCUCAAAUUAUUGGGACAAGAACCAGUUUCAAAAGAGGAAUGGCAGGAUUUGUUUUACGACGUUCACACUGUAUGUCUGUGGGACGAGGAUAAAGGAGUGGCCCAAGUACACGAGGCUCUCAAAAAUAUAAUUUCUAAUUUUAUAAAGAAUGCAAAGAUGAAAGUAAAAAUGAAUGAUGACAAUUCUGCUCUCUUGAAAGCUUAUAUUUCGGUUUGGACAAAAUUUUUUGAACAAUGUCUGUAUCUACCGCCUGCUUUCAGCACUCUUGAAAAAUCACUUGAAAGUUCCGAUAACAAUUUGGGAAUGAAGAAAAACGAGUCCAGAAAUAUUAUUAGGAAGUUGAUGCUAGAUAGUUGGAAUGAACAUGUUUUCUGUGAUAUUCGUCAUCGACUUCAAGACAGUGCAAUGAUUUUGUUAAAAAAGGAAAGAGAAGGAAUUUCUUUUGAUUCACAACUUGUUAUUGGUGUUAGGCAGUCCUACGUAAACCUCAGUUCUGAUGCCGAUGACCGAUUGAAAAUUUAUCGCGAACAUUUUGAAUCUGCGUAUAUCAAAGCAACUCAAGAUCAUUACCAAUCUGAAGCUCCUGCAUAUUUAAGUGAAAACGGUGUCAUAAAAUACAUGAAAUAUGCUCAUAAAAAGUUGAGGGAAGAGGAAGAUCGGGCUGAACGAUAUCUAGAAGCAACUUCUGUACCUAUACUUGUGAAAAGCGUCGUUUCUACUCUUGUAGAGAAGUUUUUAAUGACUAUUUUGUCUGAAUGUCUUCCUUUGAUACGACAAAACAACACAGAAGAAUUGAACCUGAUGUUUUCACUCGUUGAUCGAAUACCAGAUGCUGUCACUAAAAUUCUGGAAGUUUUAGAAUCUUAUAUUGUUGAUGAGGGAAAAAUUAAUAUGCACGAGUCGAGGGAGAUCAUAACAGCAGAUUCAGAAAAGUAUAUUGAGAAACUCCUUUCGUUAUUUGAAAGGUUUUCUAAACUCGUCAAAGAUUCAUUCAACGACGAUCCAAGAUUCUUAACAACAAGAGAUAAAGCCUUCGAAAUUGUUGUAAAUGACAGAUCAGUAUUUGAACUUGAUCUAAAUACCAAGACAAAAUCGUCAGCAACAAAAAUUCCACCCGAAUCGAGAUGUCCUGAAUUGCUCGCUAAUUAUUGUGAUAUGCUAUUAAGAAAAACACCAAUGAGUAAAAAGUUAUCAUCGGAAGAAAUUGAAACUAAGUUGAAAGACGUGCUUUUGGUGCUCAAAUAUGUGUCAAAUAAAGAUGUCUUUAUGAAAUAUCAUAAAGCACAUUUAACGAGGCGAUUAAUACUUGGUACAUCCGCCGACAAUGACAAAGAGGAAAGUAUGGUUGAAUGGCUACGAGAGGUUGGAAUGCCAGCUGAUUAUGUGAAUAAACUUGCAAGGAUGUUUCAAGAUAUUAAAGUCAGUGAUGAUAUUAAUCGCAAAUUUAAGGAGCAAUCUAGUAACGGUUCAGAUAUUGCCAAUAUCAAGAUAUUGAAUGCAGGAGCAUGGGCAAGAAGAUCUGAUAGAAUAUCAGUUUCACUUCCCACUGAAUUAGAAGAUCUUAUUCCUGAUGUGGAAGAGUUUUAUAAAAAGAAUCAUCAUGGAAGAAAAUUGCAAUGGCAUCAUUUGAUGUCUAAUGGCAUAAUCACAUUCAAAACAGACUGUGGACAAUAUGAUUUAGAAGUUACAACAUUUCAACUAAGUGUUUUAUUCACAUGGAACCAGAGACCUCACGAAGCUAUCACGUUUGAAAAUUUACGCCUUGCCACACAACUUCCGGAGUCGGAAUUAAGAAAAACACUCUGGUCACUUGUUGUAUCACCGAAAACAAAGCGUCAAGUUCUCCUCUGUAAUCCUGAAGUAUCAUCACCAAAAGAUUUUAAUAAUUCAACUUUAUUUUCUGUGAAUCAUCAAUAUGCACUAAUCAAAAAUGGAAAAGUCCAGAAACGUGGCCGCAUUAAUUUAAUUGGAAGACUCCAGUUAUCAACGGAGAGAACAAGGGAAGAAGAUAACGAGGGAAUUAUUCAAUUAAGAAUUUUAAGAACUCAGGAGGCAAUUGUUAAAAUAUUGAAGAUGCGAAAACGAAUAAAUCAUGCACAACUGCAAACAGAACUGGUGGAAAUGUUGAAAAACAUGUUUUUCCCACAGAAGAAGUUAAUCAAACAACAAAUCGAAUGGUUGAUUGAACACAAGUACAUGAAGCGUGACGAAGAAGAUAUUAAUGUUUUUAUUUAUCUUGUGUAGUCAAAGUGUGUUUUUUCCUCACUUUUUUCCAUCAACUCGCAUCUGUGAAUAAUUACUAGGGAGUAAGCCAAGGAUCUAGUCUUACCCCAUUUUUGUUCUUUUUCUACAUUUUGAAAUAUUGUCCAUUUAAAACUGUUCACUUUCUCCACAAGAGACUAUUCAAACCUAGAAUAUUGGAAUUUCUUUCUUUAGCUGUGCCUUUUCUUAAGAUUAUUGUAGACAUCUAGCACUGAUUACACACACAUGCUGCUAUUGGAAUGUCCUGUAACAGCCUAUAUAAACAUGAUAUAGGAUAGUCUUUUUAAUAUUAAUCCUCUGGCAGAAGAAAGUGAAACAUACGCAGGAGAAAGUGAAACAUACCACAGCAUGUCAUAUGGUUGCUAGCCCAGGUUGGGCUUCAAAAUAGCAAAAUAUAGGAUACAUGCCGCUGAAAGAGUUCCAUAAAUAUUUUGCCUACGAUUUGAUAUUGCGGAAAUUUAGAACUUGUGUACAUUUUUACCUCAUUUUUGAAACUGACAGCCAAGGAUGUGUUCUUCCUAUUUGAAAAAAAAAGAUUUUCUUUUUAAAAUUCUGACCUGGGCAAUACAUUGCCUCAGUGAUACAUCCAAGGCUUAAAAUAAACAGUAAUUGCUGCUCACAAACUUUAUUGCAUUUAAAAUUUACUUCACCUUAUAAACAUUUUAGUUCUGCAACAAAAUCUCAAAUACUCAAAUUUUGACAUACAUUUUGUGAUUCCGUUGUAGUUUAAAUUUGAAACUAUUCAAUUAUAGCAAUUGGAAACUAGGUUGAAUUGAACUUGAUCAAACCAUUAACUAAAUAUUCAUUGUACAUCUAUGAAUAUGGAUGGAUGGAGCAUUCUGCCAAAGUUUGAAUGCCCCAUUUUCUCGUAUCUUUUUGGUUGAUACCUGCGUCAUUGGGCGACAUCAAAAUAAGUCAAAUUUCAGAUUUUUUUUAUAAAAAUAUAAUAUUGUUAAUAUCAAUCAAUAAAUCAACUUUUAAUGGAGUAUCAUUGUCGAAUUCAUGCCUAGUUAUUUACCUACCAUAUUUAAAUAGUUAAGGUUGAAUUCGCUUAUUUGUAGUCUCAGCAGUUGAACGAUCUUAUUAUUAGAUGCAUAAUAUGUACAUGACAUUAUUUUUCUUUCAUCAGUCAUCCCAUGAACUGCUGUGAGUUUUGCUCAGUUUGUAAAGUUCAAUUAAUCAUGUUCAUCCAAUAAACUUAAUUUUUGCACUUUUUUCUGAAAGUUCUGCUCACAACUAUUUUUUUUCAUUUGAUUAAUAUUAAAUUUCGUCAUUACUAAGUUAAUAAAUAAUAAAGUUUAUCUGUUGACAUCGAA